AUGAAGUGGCCCAUCCUGCUCCUCGCGAGCCUCGCCUCAACCCAAAGCAUCCCCCCCAUGAUGCGCUUCGAGUGCUCCCAGCUCGUCGUCGACCGCAUCGACCCCCUCGUGAACCCAGGCCUGACCCCCUCGCCCCACCUGCACCAAAUCGUCGGCGGAAACUCUUUCAACGCAACGCUGCAACACGACCUCCCCUCUCAAUCUACCUGCACAAGCUGCACCUUCUCAGAGGACUUCUCAAACUACUGGACCGCAGUGCUAUACUUCAAAGCGCGAAACGGGACGUUCAAGCGCGUGCCGCAGGCCCCGAGCGAAGGCCUCAAAGGCAACGGAGGCAUCACAGUGUACUACAUCCCAGACACGCAGAAUAAAACCACCGUGACGGCCUUCAAGCCCGGCUUCAGGAUGCUCGUCGGCGACGCAGCGGCCACGACGCCUCAGCCUGCCCGCAAAGUGUGCCACCGCUGCAUGCCCGCAUCGGGAGAUAAUAGCAACAUCAACUGCGGGGCGCCGGACGCACAGGAGCUGCCGAAGGGGACAUGUGCGGGGGGUAUUAGGACGAUACUUACGUUUCCGACGUGCUGGGAUGGGAAGAAUCUGGAUAGUCCGGAUCAUAAGUAA